AUGCUCUCAUUGCGCACCCUAGUCCGCCUCUGCUGCGUCGGCUCCGCCAUUGGCGGCCAACUGCACUUCAUAUCCGAAGAAAUAUGUCUGCGAUCACCACCUUCGCUGUCGCAAUGCGGGCGAGACAGGCCAGAGAAGUUCCAUGGCCUAAUGCCAAGUGCGCUCGACGUUGGUGACGCGACUGGACCAUCGCUGUUCCAUUGGGACUUCAAGCCGCGAUGCAUCACGCCCGAUGAAGCGGAUGAGCCGUUUUGUCUCUACUCAUCGCAUUCUUUCGCGAGCGGGCGAGGCAUAUCCAUAUUGACUACUCCGGAUCGCAUCGAGUCAAUUAUGCAGUUACCGGCAUUCGCCCAAUCCAACUACUCACACGGUCCUGGGACGCCCGCAUCCCCGCCAUUCGAAGAACGAGAGCUCCCGGGGCGGGGCCGAGGCUUGAUUGCAAACAAGACGGUGUUCCGCGGUGACCGAAUCUUCGCGUACACUCCAGUCCUCUUGCUAGACGAUGAGGCAUACGAGGCCCUGGACGAGGAUGAAUGGGUCAAGCUUGAGGCGGCGGCAGUCGAGCAGCUCCCUGCAGCGUCCAGGGCGGAAUUUUGGCAGCUGUUUGGCCAGCCGACGGUGAAUCCCGUCACCGAUCGGAUCAAUACAAACGCCUUUGAGAUUGAUACGGCUAAAGGCACGUUCUAUGGUGUGUUCCCAGAAAUCCGCCUCAACCACGAUUGCCGGCCAAACGCAGCCUACUUCUUCGAUGAAGAGAGCUUCACGCACUACGUGCACGCCACAACGACUGUAGCUCCCGGUACCGAGCUCACGAUCACAUACAUCGAUCCUCACAUGCCUCGGUCGCAACGGCGCCGCAGACUGUCCUCGUCAUGGGGCUUCCAAUGCACCUGCAGCUUGUGCACUGCCCACGCGAGCAUCAGCCAGGAGUCUGACUCUCGGCUCAAGCAAAUAACUGAUUUGACAGAGAGGCUAGAGAACUCGCAUUCGAGCUCCAGCGAGAUGGCGAAGACGUUGAUCAGUUUGUAUGAGCAGGAGCGCAUGCACGCCCGUGCCUUUGGACUGGAUCUGUCACAGCUGGUCCGGUUCCUCGUCUUCACGGUGUUGACCGCGCCGCCCAACUUCAUCUGGCAGCAAUUGCUCGAGAGGAGGCUUCCUGCGUACCCUGUUGAUGCGCGCAGGCAAAAGAAGCAGCAGCAGCAGCGAGACGUCGAGCUCAAGGACCUGGAGGAGGCGGCUCGCGACAGCCACAAUGCUGACCAUGGCAGCGGCAUGGUGACGCCGCGGUUCAGCUUGCGCAACACGCUGGCAAAGUGGUUUAUUGACUGCAUGACUGCGGGCGCGGUGAUGAACACGGUCGCAUUUCUGGCCAUCAUGGGCUUGCUGAAGAGUCAGCCUGGGUCGCAGAUCUGGCACAACAUAAAGACUGUAUGCCAUCCCUACGAAACGAUACCGAUAAUUGUCGCGGGCUAUAAGAUCUGGCCGAUCGCGUCCAUCAUAAGCUUCAGUUUUGUGCCGGUCCACCGUCGAAUCGUCUUUCUGAGCUUCGUCGGGCUGAUAUGGGGCAUUUACAUGAGCUUGGUCGCGGCACGUGUUUGA